UUCCCUCGAUCGAGAUCCCUCUUCACAAUCGGAAUCGCUAGAAUCUCCGGGCGGCUGAAAUGACGAAGCACAGGGGAGGCGACCGCGACAUCGAGUCUGGUUCCGGCGACGCGGCCCUGUACCCGAACAUGACCGAGAACCCUCAGAUCCGGUGGGCUUUCGUACGCAAAGUCUACUCCAUCGUCUGCUUCCAGAUCUUCCUCACCAUCGCCGUCGCCUGCGUCAUCAACUUCGUCCAGCCCAUCCGCGGCUUCCUCCUCUCCCACACCACCGCCUCCCUCGUCGUCCUCAUCGUCAUUGUUGUCUCCCCCUUUUUAGUGUUGCUGCCGAUGAUUUACUUCCGCGAGCGCCACCCAUUGAACCUGAUUCUCCUCACGCUGUUCACUAUCUGCAUGAGCUUGGCUAUAGGGAUGGCAUGCGCGAAUUCGAAAGGCAAAGUUGUGUUGGAAGCUGCAGCUCUCACUGUCGUCGUCUUCGUGGGUCUCACUUUCUACACUUUCUGGGCAGCUAAAAGAGGCUACGACUUCAACUUCCUCGGCCCAUUCUUAUUCGCAUCCCUUAUGGUCCUCAUGUUGUAUUGCCUCAUCCAGAUUUUCAUCCCGAUGGGAAAGGUCUCGACGACUAUCUACGGUUGCUUGGCAGCCAUCAUAUUCUCUGGUUUCAUCAUCUACGACACUGACAAUCUCAUCAAGCGUCACAGCUACGACCAGUACAUCUGCGCAGCCAUCUCUUUAUAUCUCGACGUCAUCAACCUCUUCACAGCAGUGCUAACUAUAUUCAACGCGGAAUGCUAA